AUGAUGACAGAAACGCAUUUGAACUCUAAUCACAUGUUGAAUUCUGGUUUGUCUAACAAAUCGGAAAUAGAUAAAAUGGAUGAUGUGGGUUGGAAAGCCAAAUUAAAGAUUCCACCAAAGGAUAAAAGAAUUAAAACGAGUGAUGUUACCGAUACACGUGGUAACGAGUUCGAGGAGUUCUGCCUAAAACGUGAAUUACUGAUGGGAAUUUUUGAGAAGGGAUGGGAGAAACCAUCGCCGAUCCAAGAAGCCAGUAUUCCCAUUGCACUUUCCGGUAAGGACAUCUUAGCGCGAGCGAAGAACGGAACUGGUAAAACCGGCGCGUACUCGAUUCCAGUGCUAGAACAGGUUGACCCGAGAAAAGACGUCAUUCAGGCACUGGUAAUCGUACCUACACGAGAGUUAGCGUUACAAACAUCGCAAAUUUGUAUUGAACUUGCUAAGCACAUGGAUAUAAAGGUCAUGGUCACCACUGGAGGAACCAAUCUGCGCGACGACAUUAUGAGGAUUUACCAGAAAGUACAAGUAAUCAUCGCGACGCCAGGAAGAAUUCUUGAUCUGAUGGAUAAGAAUGUAGCAAACAUGGAACAUUGUAAAAUUCUAGUUCUGGACGAAGCAGACAAACUGCUGUCGCAAGACUUCAAAGGGAUGUUGGAUCACGUCAUAUCGAGAUUACCGCACGAACGUCAGAUUCUGCUGUAUUCAGCUACAUUUCCUCUGACUGUGAAACAAUUUAUGGAGAAACACUUGAGAGAUCCAUACGAGAUUAAUUUAAUGGAAGAGUUGACUCUAAAAGGCGUAACGCAAUAUUACGCUUUUGUACAGGAACGACAAAAAGUUCACUGCCUUAACACGCUAUUCUCCAAGUUGCAAAUAACGCAAAGCAUAAUCUUCUGCAAUUCGACGCAACGCGUUGAAUUACUGGCGAAGAAAAUAACAGAUCUUGGAUAUUGCUGUUAUUAUAUACACGCAAAGAUGGCGCAGGCGCACCGAAAUCGCGUAUUCCAUGAUUUCCGUGCAGGAUUAUGCCGAAAUCUUGUAAGCAGUGAUCUAUUCACUCGCGGUAUUGAUGUUCAAGCCGUGAACGUCGUGAUCAAUUUUGACUUUCCGAAAAUGGCGGAGACGUAUCUCCACCGAAUCGGCCGAUCCGGGAGAUUCGGCCACUUAGGUAUAGCGAUCAACCUAAUCACGUACGAGGACCGCUUCAACUUACACCGUAUCGAGCAGGAGCUUGGCACGGAGAUUAAACCUAUCCCGAAGGUGAUAGACCCGAGUCUCUACGUAGCGAGACCGGAAGACAGUAACGGUAUGGAGGAGGGUAACGUGUCCAAGUAGUUUAAAAACAAAAUUGAGAAUUUCGAUUAUCAUUGUAUUAAGCCAGGAAAGGAUGAGUGUACUUGUAAAUAGGGUGUACUAAGCGCAUGCUGAGUAACAGUGAGUCGAGUGGUUGUAAGUGAAUCGCGCGAAUGCCUGGUGCGAGUCGUUUCUUUGUACAUACAAGUAACAUUUAAAUGUACAUAAGCUAUAAAAGCAAAUCAGAGUCAAGCCAUUAUCAAGAGCACAAUAUGUAAACAGACAUGUGAAUAACGUAAUAAUCAAUCAUUGCAUUUUAUCAUAAAUGUAAAUAUUACAUGCGGGUACACACUGAUACACAUACUAUUACACGUGCAAACACACACACAUACAUACGUACACACAUACGCACACAUGUACACAUGCACGCACGCAAACGUCGUUUUAAUAGAGGAUUUUUAUACAACUGCUUCAUUCUUCCAAUAUUUCUUUCCUUCUGAGUUGUUUGUUCAACAAUGAAGAAAGCAGACGGGUAUGAUUUUCGAAGAGGAUGAAAAAUAAAAAGAAACCAACUUUUCAUCGGCCAAUCUCUCGACGGAACACGGCGCAACGUAUCAGAGUGCUCGUCACUUUUGUACUAUUGUCACGCAUAUACGUAUUCGCCCGUUGGCGAUCCGUGGAAAAAAAAUGAUAAAAAUUUCAUGUCGAGUAUCAGUUUUUCCAUAAUUGUGUGAUCAUGGCUUGAUUUUGCUAAUCCGUCGAUAUUAUCUGUCGAUACAACUCUGAAAUUCAAAUCACUUGUCGGUAAAAACUUGUCGCUGAAAAUAAUCUAUAUAUAAUUUUUUUUUCUUUUUCGUUCAUUCAAACGUCGCGAGAGUGUGGCAUUUUUCUUUUCCUUAAUUUUUUUUCUCCCUCGCUCCUCUUUCUUUUAUGAAACGUAAUUGGAUUUUCUUUUUUAUAGUAACGUGAUUGAGAAUCAGAGAUUGUACAACUGACUAGUUUUAUACACCAUUAUUUUUUAUAAAGAACUGGCUGGUGGGCUCCAUCAAAGGAGGUUCUAUGUGUGUGAUGCCGAUAAUAUAACGUAAUAUACGUGCAAAAUAAAAGAUAUUGCGGCGGUUCAUUAUCGAAAUUAUGUAGAAAGAUUUAGGGAGAUGUAUGCGAGGGUAGGUCAAAUGCUGAUCUGGAUUGGCGUUUGAGUACCCGGGCACCGUUAUGUGGUCGAACAGCGGCUCGUAAAUGUGUAAUAUAUCGCAAUUGAGAAGAAACAGACUCUCUUUACAAGAGGCAGAUUUCCCUUGUAACAAGGGAAACUGAAUGACUGAAUUUUUUUAAUGUUCUUCGUCGUAUCCUUCGCACCCCUCCGAUAAUUCACGAAAAGAUAUUCGAAAUGAAACUCUCUUCUAAAAUAAGUAACGAUUCGGCCGCUGUUGGUGCGACUAUAUUAUCUGCGCGGGCAGACAAGACAAGAGAGUCUCGAUCGAGCACGAGCGGGAGGCUGAACGUCCAACAAACACAGUCGCGAAAAUCUUUUGCUAUCGACUUCGAUAUCUAGUGGAGGCAACAAAACAAAGCCUGACGAAAGCCAUACGAGCGUCUCUUCAUUUAUCGGCACGCUAUCUUCCGCUCGAGCGAGAUAAUCGAGAGAGCAAACAAUAGCUCGCUCGCGCGACGUAAUCGGUGCCACCGUUGACCACGUGUAAACGUAUUAUAUUAGAACACUUUGAACACACUUCGAACAACCACCAGGGCGAACUGUAAAAUCGACGAUUGCGAUGUUAAUGAUUUAACUGUUCAUCGCGGGCGCCGCGAAGUAUCUCGCGGUGUACGAUUAUAUACGGGCAGGAAGUUCAUUAGGAAGCUACACAGUAGGAGAUGAGAUGCAAGAGUAUAAUUUGCGGGCUGAUGUUUUCCGAAAGCGGAAGCCGUUUCACACGUCAGAUCAGGCAAGCGAUCCGUCAAAAAUCUUGCAUGCUUUAAUCCCCGUAUUUCGCUGCGAAUUCGAAUACAUUGGUAUACGUUUCUUGCGUUCUUCAUCCGUGCAAUUCGAUCCCACUUCCUGCCGAUAACGUUUACCUUUAACGUGCGAUCUCGUUGAUCAAAUAAUCUGUCGCCCACUGCAUAUUGAUUUGAUCGAUCAGAAUCGCAUACGCGAUCAUCAUAGUCUAAUAUUUACGGUCUUUCCUGCGUUUUUAUCGCCUACUUAUUGUACAAACGUAAAUGGUGUUCGUAAUAAAUGGGAGCGAACGGUCGUCCCGCCGAUUGUCGCCAAUCCGCAAGACGUCCACCCACUUCUUGCGAACCACGAAAGAAAGUCCGCUCUUAUAUUCUGUUAGCUUCUUCUGUUAUAUUUUGCUUACGGCAAUUCUUCCAAAAUUCUUUCGGCGAAACUUGCGUACUGACCAAGGGAGGAAACCUUGGUCUUACUGCGCCGUAAUGGAAAUAAUUGGAAAACACCGAUAGAUCCAUUUUGCGGAAUCUAUUUUGCGAUAUGUAUUUUACUCAGCUUUCGAAAGAGUCAAGCUGCCGAUGAUGAGCUAGAAUUGAUGUUUUCUCGUCCGAAAUCUUACCAGGAAAUUUUACAAGCUACUUGAUUUCCGUUUUCAGAAUUAUACUACAAAAUUCAAAGUCUCGAUUCAUCUUAAAACGUGUCUUACGAUGUAUUAUGAUACUUUUGCAAUUUUUAAGAAUCUAUUAACAUAAUCGCGUUCAUUCGUCGAUGUCCUGUAAUCUCUGCUGAAAGAUUGCGCGCUUUACUUGACUCUUUCCAAAGAAUGAUGUUCACGUGAGGAGAAUAUGUAAACUUAGAAAAACAAGUGGGCUUAAAAAACACAAAAAAAAGAAAAAAAGAAGAGAAGAGGAAAAAGGAGAACAUUGAUUAGCAAUGUUACGCGAGGGGACGCGAGGAACGUGGUGAUUUUGUAAUCCCAACCGCUUGCAGCCGUACGUAUAUGCCGCUCUUGCACUCCCGCAGUACAGACGAAUUUUCGUUUUUUCGAGAGCGAAAUAGAACAAGGAUAGACAAAGAUAAACGACAACGAAUACGCGUGUAGAGCGUCUCGCGCGCGGCUGCAAGUCGCCAGAGUAGCUUAUUCUACUUUGGUAUCGCCGACCCACGUGCUCGCGCCUGUCUCGCAAGAGCGCAGUUAUUUCCAAGAGCGUGGUCUUGGAUGCAACAUGGAGUGCCCUUGAUAUUGAAAGUAAGCGAAUGUGAUUCGUACAACGUAGAAAUACGAUAUUUCCAUGAGCGACGUGUUAACAUCCGGUCGUGUGCGCGAAAAUCACGGAGGACUCUCUCCAACAAUCAACCACGGAGAGAGAGAGAGAAAGAGAAGUAGAGCAGUAAGAAGGAGCAGGGUGAGACGAAGUGAAUUCACUUACCAAUGCCUACGAUUUAGUUGGUGAGCGUGAAGGGGUAACAUCUUGUGAGGAAGCAGAGAGAAGUAGAGAAAGAGAGUAAAAGAGAGAGAGAGAGAGAGCUCUCUAAAACAGCACAUCUCGUAGAUCUCGUAUAUCUCCGCCUGUGAAUUAUUCCCAGCCGGUUAAUGCCGGUGGCGCGGAGCGGGCUGCAAGUAACAUUCCCAACAUGAGACGAGAGAGAUCGAUCGCGUCGGAAACGCAACAUCCGGACGAACACACGAGUCCUUCCGCGUUCGAGUAACAUACGCAGCUCGAUAUAUUGGAAUUAGAUCUCCAAUAUAUGGUGAAAACCAUAUAAAAGGAAACAAUAAAAAAAAUAAUUUAAAAAAAGAAGAAGGAGGCACAAGCAGCAUAAUUCGUUUCGGGACGAGUAAAAGGAAACUAAUCAGUUCGUCGACUAUCCAUGCUUUACCGUUUCGUUGAGAAAAACUUUAUUGUAACUAUUAUUGUACACUCUCUUGUGUAAUCAAGUCAAAUCGAAACGAUCAUCCUCAACAGCACAUCUGAACCGUACUGUAAUGUAUCUUUGUUACUAUUAUUACUAUUAUAUUAUUAUCGCUAUUUCUAUUAACGAGAUAAUGAACGAAAGAGUUUCGACACGAUAUAACAGACAUGGAUUUAUUUUGUGACGUUGGAAUCUCGAGUCUCAGUUGUUCGUGGAUAGUGCGAGCGAGGCAUUGCGUCGCGAGAGAGAUUCCUUCCGCGUCUUGCAUUCUCGAGAAGUGGUCUCUCUUUCUUUGCCAUUCAAUUAAAAGUAAUUGAGAUCGCGCGCAACAUUGAGAAGGAACGAGGAGAUGCGUGUCAUCCGAUCAUUAGCCGAUGCGCGACGAUUUGAGAUCAAAUACGCGAUGUUGUGCAACUUGCCUGUUCACGAAUGACGCGGGACUCGCACCGUGUGAUCGUCCGCAGAUGAAAUACUCUGUAUUUCUAAUUUUUAUUGUGCAUUUGUCAAGACAAUAUUAUUCUCGUUGUCCAUAUACCGUUUGCAGAAACGAUCUGCAAACCGGUAUGAUACCAAAAUUGCGAAAGCCGUUCUCUCGUUCCGGCAACGUUUAUCAUUUUUUCUUUCUCCAAAUUGUAAAGAUGGGUUUGCGCAUGACCGCAUCAGAUGAACAUAUACUUUUUUUUUUCGUUUACCAUUGCCAUUUUGUUCGCACAAACCCAAUCUGAUAAGUCAUAUGUCAAUUUUGUUUCCUGAAGGGAUGGGAACCGCGUUUCUGUCCCUUAAUAAAAAUUCUGUUUCAGUAUA